AUGGGACAGUGUGGAAUUACAUCGUCCAAGACCGUGUUGGUUUUUCUGAAUCUCAUAUUUUGGGCAGCAGCAGGGAUACUAUGCUACAUUGGAGCUUAUGUGUUCAUCACUUAUGAUGAUUAUGACCACUUUUUUGAGGAUAUCUACACCCUGAUUCCUGCUGUCAUAAUAAUCGCUGUGGGCUCUCUUCUCUUUGUCAUUGGUCUGAUUGGUUGCUGUGCCACUAUUCGUGAGAGUUCUUGUGGUUUGGCAACAUUUGCCGCAAUCCUCCUGCUGGUGUUUAUGACGGAGUGUGUAGUGGUGGUUCUGGGCUAUAUAUACAGAGCUAAGGUUGAAGAUCAGGUGAAUCACUCCAUCCAAAAAGUUUAUAAUGAAUACAAUGGGACAAAUACAGACGCUCCGAGUCGUGCUAUUGACUAUGUGCAGAGACAGCUUCGCUGCUGUGGCAUUCAUAACUAUUCAGACUGGAGGUACACACACUGGUUUAAAGAGUCCAAAAACAACAGUGUUCCUGUCAGCUGCUGUCAGCCCAACAUCAAUAACUGCACUGGUACUCUGACUCGCCCUGGAGACCUGUACCAAGAGGGCUGUGAAGCUUUGGUUGUCAAAAAGUUAAAGGAGAUUAUGAUGUAUGUCAUUUGGGCAGCUCUAACAUUUGCAUCUAUACAGAUGCUGGGCAUGUUGUGUGCCUGUGUUGUUCUGUGCAGAAGAAGUCAUGAUCCUGCGUAUGAACUUCUGGUCACAACCAACAGUUAUGCAUGA